AUGAAGAUGUUGCACCUUAUGUACAUUGUGCUAGUAGCAAUAGCUGUAGCCCAAAACAGCACUGACUUUGAAAAUGUAACUGAAAUAGUUGAUAAUUGUGACAUGGACAAUAGCACAUGUACUACAACAGUUAGCUCAAUUGAAACAAGCACAGCUAAUAUUACAACUGAAACUCCCAAAAAGAAAAAGAAGAGAAAGGAGAUAUUGAAAUUGGUUGAAAAGAAAUACUGUUCUUGCAAUUUACAUAUGAAUGUAUGCGAGGUAAAUUGUUGUUGCGACAAAGACUGCUCCUAUGAUGAUAAAUUUUCAUUCAAAUUUUGCUCGGAUUAUAAACCUGUCGAUGAGGAUCCAAAAUUUUGCAACUAUUACCAGCAACGUUACAUAAAUAACACAUUAUAUGAAUGGGAAAUUCACCAGAGCAGUUUAUUCUGCAUUUAUAGGACAAAUUUACCAAAACGUUAUACAGUUCAGAAGAAACAGAUUAUUAAAAACAUAGAAGAGGCGGAAUAUUACAGGUCAAAAAAUCUUAAAUGGCCCCAAUUCACGUUGAAUCAAGUAGAAAUUGAUUAUAACGUUAAUUAUACAUAUGGAGAUGAUAUAUGGUUUCUGAAGAAUUAUACAAAUAUUUAUAAACUAGAAAUUCCAGACAGUUUCAUAACGGAUGCUUGUUUAAUGAAAAAGAAGGUGAAGUAUUUACAGAAUUUGAAAACUAGCUGCAGCAGAAACAGUGUUGAUGAAUACCUCACUAUUCAGCAUUACAAUAAUAAUUUAACAGUAUUAUCUUCGCCGCAAAUGUUCCAAGUGAAUAUAACAAGGUCUCCAGAAUGUCCUAAAAACGUAUGCAUCCCAUUGGUAGUUUAUCUAUGUAGAAAAAAUAAUUGUACGAAUUUGACAUCCGCCGAAACCAAGUGCGCAUUCGGCGAGUGCAAGAACUUGGUAGAAAAAGUUAGAUACGUGUUUUACCACAAUGGCACACAUGGAAUUCGCAGAGCCAAUGUAUACUUGGAUCUGUUCAAUUCGUCUGUAGAUGAAACACAAUUUUCACAGACUUUUAUCGUCGAAUACUUGUGGGAUUCCAAAAACACCAAAAACUAUACGCAUCUGUUAAGCGGAAAUCCGGGUUAUUUAGUGGGGAAGACGAUAUUACUUGCGCAUUUGGUAACACUCAGGAAUACGACCGUGAAUACUACCACGAACGAGACGAAAGUGCUUGUUACUGAACACGUGUAUAGGGAUGGCUCAGAUUUCACAAAAAGUUUUAUGGUCCUGCCAAAGAACGUGAAUGGUAAAUGCGUACUCUCCAAUGAAAUAAACUUACCUAUAGAGUUUGGAUACAAUCUUUUUACGAAAUGCACGUUGCAUAAGAAAGUGAUAUCCGAUAACAGGACGGCUCAAGAGGUUUGCCGUAUUAUUCAGGAUGCAAUUUUUGAGAUAUGGUCUUUGAAAUACAAUGAGUCGAUUAAUAAGACGGUAAAUUUAACCGUGGGUUUAUUUGGAAAUGCAAACGCCACGCGAAGAGAUGAUUGGAUUCAAGUUGUAUUUACUGAUCACCCUUUAAACGUAUUGAAUAAUACAUUCGGUGAUGCUACCGGGAAUAGUGUAAAGUGUUAUAACAUUGCUACAAAGAUUAGGAUAGAUUUGUAUCAUUCUAGGGAAGAGGAGGAUCAGCAAAAGCUCGCCGGAGUUAGCAUCGGUUUUUCUGAUUACUUUAAUUUGAGUUUGGUGGACACAGAGGUAACGGUUCGCGUUAGAAGCGAGGUGAUGUUCAUGGAUAUCACUUCUGAUAGUUUUCAGAAAUACGUGACUCCACCAUCAUUAAACAUUAAGUUACCGCACGAUUUCUUUUAUCCGUUCGUUAAACUUGGAAACUAUGGCCGAAGAGCUCGGGCCGAUUACGCGCUGUUAAUUUUCGUCUACGUUUUCGUGCAAAUAUUGACGGAGAAAGCGGCUCGGAUUGUGUAAAACUCGUAUGAGUGUGUGCGGUUUGAAUAUUUGAUCGUUUUGUUUCACCUUCAAGACAGUUUCUUAUUUAUUUCGUUUUGUGUUUUGGCUCUGUUACUUUGUGUUUGUUUUACCUUUUGGUCCGCGUGCGUUUCUGUAUCAUAUUCAAAUAGAACCAGCAUCUGAACACAGCAAAGACAAUAACGAAACGUUCACGAUGAAAUCGUUUUUGACGUUGGUGCUAAUAUUCGCGAUACUCUCAUCGCUGCAUGCCGAAAGCUCUGUACAGGAGUUAUGCAAUGUUUGCGGUGAUAUUAUUAACGAAUAUUGCUGCAAAUAUUAUAAUAACUGUUGCGAUUGUGAGUACCUCUUUGAGAUUUAUACUUAAUCAUCGAACGUGUGUGACCGCAUCUUAUUGUUGCUAUUGUUAAUUAAGUUGUAGUUGGAAAUAAUUGUCCGCCUCCUCUUAGUCCGGAGGCUAAACGUGCUUGUAGGGCAGGACUAGAAUGUUCAUCAAGAAGGGAAUGCCCAGGCGCUGGCCGAUGCUGCAGGACUCAAACAUGUGGCACCGCCUGCAUGUCGAUUAGAAAACAUAGUUAACAUUGUAAAUAACAAUCGAUUGCUAAUAAAGCGUUGAGAUGUCAGAGUUAUUUGUAUUUGGCGCUAAUUGAUCUCGACGACUUCGACGCGGUCGCCGCUAGAUGGCGAUGUAUAAGUUUAAAAAUAUUUUUAAUGUGCUAUUUUUUAACUAAUUUAUGUCCUAACUAUUGUUUGUAAGUGUUAAAAAUUAAUGUAACAACUUGAACGAUGGUUGACUGUAUAAUGCACCGGACCUGAAAUUAAUAAGUAAAUAAAUUAGUUAUUGGUAUUAU